AUGGCUACAGCUCCCAACAGCUCCAGAAGCCAACUCAUCGUCGAUCGUGACGCCCGCGAUCGCGUCGACCGUCUUCAGUCGCGAUCACCAGGUAACCAAUUGAUAUACUUGGCUCCGUCGACCUAUCGCCCAAUUUUUGUCGUUUCUUCUACUAGAGGCUAUGACGUCGUUGGAGAAGCUGCGCGCAUCCUCCCCUUUGUCUCAUGCUGGAUGAAGCCUGUCUGGGUCCAGCCAAGGUAUCGCCUGUGGCGGGUUAGAUCUUUCAGCCUCCAUCAUGCCUCGCACCGGUGCCAUGCAGUGGAGGCGCAUCUCGCUGGUGGUAGCCAGGCCCGCGUGUCUUCGCGCUGGUCCCACAAAGUUCCUGUGGCGAAGACUAGAGACAUGCUUUUCAACCCCAUAGACGCCACCCCUUUCGCCCUUGUCCACGUUCUGUCAACCUUUUCGCCGACUUCAGCUCCCCUUCUUCCGGCCGCCAGCAGCGUUCUGAGAUGCUCACCUCCUUCAGUCUUAGCCGUUGCUAGUACUACUGUCAGAGGAUCCUCGAUCGAUGGAAUGAUGGGCCGGUCCGUCACAAGAACAGCACGUCGUGGCAUCCAUACAUCCGGUCCUAGAAGCGCCUCCCCUGUAGUAGUCGCACCGGCAGGAUCCUCUUUAGCAGAUCUUUCAAGGGUGCUCGAAACUCCACGGCAAGGGAUGAAAAAGGCUGCGUCGAUUGACCCCGAGUCGGAUGAGGAGAUCCCUAUCAACGUUGAGGAAGUUCAGCAAUCGCUAUCUCGAUCGCCGCCUGUCAAUAGCGACUACCUCCCUCUACCGUGGAAGGGUCGACUAGGAUAUGCCUGUCUGAAUACUUACCUGCGAAAUGCGAACCCUCCAGUCUUUAGUUCGCGCACCUGUCGCAUUGCUUCCAUUCUGGAAAACCGGCACCCUCUGCAAGACCCGUCUCAGCCAUACCACGCAACCAAGAACCGUCCAAAUCGAAAUAAGCCCGCUGAUAUCGCCAGGGGACAAAGAUUUGUCGAGGAACUCGGCCUGGCCAAUGCACGAGAUAUCGGGAAAAUGCUGCAGUGGAACGAACGCUAUGGUAUCAAGUUCAUGCGAUUGAGUAGCGAGAUGUUUCCGUUUGCAAGUCACGAGGUUUAUGGAUACAAGCUAGAGCCGUUCGCGUCUGAAGCGCUUGCGGAAGCUGGCCGGGUUGCUGCAGAGCUUGGUCAUCGCUUGACCAUGCAUCCUGGUCAGUUUACGCAACUGGGAUCGCCUCGAAAGGAAGUCACAAAUAAUUCCGUACGAGACCUGGAGUUCCACUCUGAGCUACUCCAGCUACUCAAAUUGCCCCCGCAGCAGAACCGAGAUGCCGUGAUGAUUCUCCAUAUGGGCGGUGUUUUUGGCGACAAGGCCGCCACGUUAGACAGGUUUCGCAAUAGCUACAACAAGCUAUCGCAAGAUAUCAAAAAUCGAUUGGUUCUUGAAAAUGACGAUGUUAGUUGGUCUGUCCAUGAUUUGCUACCAAUCUGCGAGGAGCUUAACAUUCCACUUGUCCUGGACUUUCAUCACCAUAACAUUAUCUUUGAUGUGGACAAGAUGCGCGAAGGCACGCAAGAUAUCAUGCAGCUUUAUGACCGGAUCCGCGCAACCUGGACACGAAAGGGGAUUACUCAGAAAAUGCACUACUCCGAGCCCACGCCCGAGGCGAUAACGCCUCGCCAGCGGCGCAAACAUAACCCUCGCGUUGCCAAUCUCCCACCCUGCGAUCCGACCAUGGAUCUCAUGAUUGAAGCCAAGGACAAAGAGCAGGCAGUUUUUGAGCUGAUGCGCAAAUACCAACUGCCUGGCUACGAUCGCAUCGCCGAUGUCGUUCCUCAUGUUCGGGAAGACGAAAACAAGACGUGGAAACCACCCAAGCGGACCAAGAAAUCCAGUCCCUAUGUCGACCUGUCUGACCUCGAGCCACCACCGAGUGUUCAGCCUGGGGAAUUCGGAAUGGGGGGCCCUGAUGGCAGAGUAUACUGGCCACUGGGGCACGAAGAGUGGCUGAGACCAAAGAAACGAGUUGUUCCUCGGAAGAAGACCGGAACCGAUGAUGCAGUCAACGAAACUGCGGCGAGCCCGGCAAAGACCAAGAAAUCACGAAAGAAAGCCAGAUCAAAAGCGAACUCGACAGCCGACGAGAAAGAAACACCGAAACGCAGAAAACGCAAAGCUUCAAAAGUCAGUACUACUUCAAGUUCCGACGAGAAGGAGUUGGCAUCACCGAGUCCUUCUGAAGCUCAGACUUCGUCGUCGACAGUUAAAGCCACGCCUGCGCGCCGCGGUCGGCCGCGAAAGAAGGUCAAUUACGCUGAAGAUGAAUCCUCCUAA